UACUGCUUCUGGGGAAGAGCAACUUUGGAAAGGAAAGUUGACGCUCUGUGUAGAGUUGUGUCUUCACCUACGGGGUUUAAAUAAAGGUUUAAGGAACAAUUGAAUAAAGUGUAGAGUAUGGAUUUUUGCGCAGGUACAUGUUGUAGCACACGAUGAGAUGAACGAGGCUGUUCGAGAACAACAAGGCACUGACGGCAUUAUGCUGGUCAGGAACAUAAAGGAUGCAGCUACACGCAAAAUUGGUCGGGCAAAGGUGACCCAUGCUGUUGUGGUCAUCUUUUUGGAAUUCUUCUCCUGGGGUCUCCUUACAACACCAAUGUUGACUGUGCUACGUGAAACAUUUCCACAGCACACGUUCCUCAUAAAUGGGCUUAUUCAAGGAGUCAAGGGAUUGCUGUCUUUUAUGAGUGCCCCACUGAUUGGAGCCUUGUCCGAUGUAUGGGGCAGGAAGUCCUUCUUGCUGUUGACAGUGUUUUUCACCUGUGCCCCGAUCCCACUGAUGAGGAUAAGCCCACGGUGGUAUUUUGCCCUUAUUUCAGUAUCUGGGGUCUUCUCAGUCACCUUCUCAGUUAUAUUUGCAUAUGUGGCAGAUAUUACAGAAGAGAAUGAAAGAAGCACAGCAUACGGAUUGGUAUCAGCAACAUUUGCUGCCAGUUUAGUUACAAGUCCUGCUAUAGGAGCCUAUCUAUCUGCCAAUUAUGGAGACAGUGUGGUGGUGCUGGUGGCCACCAUCGUUGCUGUAGCUGAUAUUCUUUUCAUACUCCUCAUUGUACCUGAGUCCCUGCCAGACAAAAUGAGGCUGUCAUCAUGGGGGUUUCCAAUUUCUUGGGAACAGGCUGACCCUUUUGCUUCUUUAAGAAAAGUGGGUAAGGACCCCACAGUGCUUCUCAUAUGUGUCACGGUUUUUCUGUCGUACCUUCCGGAGGCAGGACAGUAUUCCAGCUUUUUCUUAUACCUACGACAGGUUAUUAACUUCUCAUUACCAUCAAUUGCAGCAUUUAUAGCAAUGGUUGGAAUCCUGUCUAUUAUAGCACAGACUUUACUCCUGAGUUUGCUGAUGAAAAAAAUUGGAAGUAAGAAUACUAUGUUACUGGGACUUGGAUUUCAGCUCCUCCAGCUAGCCUGGUACGGCUUUGGGUCAGAAACAUGGAUGAUGUGGUCAGCUGGAACUGUGGCUGCUAUGUCGAGUAUCACCUUCCCUACAAUAAGUGCUCUGGUGUCCCACAUUACAGAUCAGGGCCAGCAGGGUGCAGUGCAGGGAAUGAUAACUGGGAUUAGGGGACUGUGCAAUGGACUUGGUCCAGCUGUCUUUGGAUUUAUCUUUUUUUUCUUCAAUGUGGAACUGAAUGACAUUGAGCCACUGGACAAUGAUCAAUCUUCAGCUGUCAGCAAUGAGAAAUCAGUCAUUCCGGGCCCUCCCUUCCUGUUCGGAGCCUGUACUGUUCUUCUAGCAAUGUUUGUUGCCUGCUUCAUCCCAGAACGCCGUAGUGUGGUGGUAAAAACCUGCAGCACACGGGUUUCCCCUGUUGGUGGAACACACUGUAACAGUUCUUCUCCUGGCAGUGACGAGGACAUUGAGCCUCUUUUGCAGGACAGCAGCAUGUAGCCCACUGAUACUACCUGAAGCCUCAGCUUUUUUUCCCCCCUUUUAAAUUUUUUUGUUUUGAAAGAUGCAAGAAAUAUAGGUCCAAGAAAACAUGAGAUAUGGAAUGACAUGAUAUAGUAAUACUCUACGGAAUCAUAUUCUUUAUAUAUAUAUAUAUAUAUAUAUAUAUAUAUAUAUAUAUAUAUAUAUAUAUAACGCAUUUGUCUCAAACUGAGCUAUUUAAAAUUUUUAAAUGUUUUAACAUAAGGCUUUGGUUAUGUUUGCCAGCUGAGAUGUAUUAAUGUCAUGCUCUUAGUUAAAAAUGUGCCUUCACUAUGCAUUUGCAAAGUUUUUUAUUAUUAUUAUUUUGUUAUUAAGUCUCUGCUGAAUGUAUAUGAUGUACUAUAGGUCAAUGAUGUCCUUAAUUUUUUAAAUGUGUAGCACUGUAAUAAUCUUCUAUUAAAGAACACCUGAAAGACAAUCUUUAUAUGAAAACUAUGGUAAUUAACUUCCUAUAAUUAAAUCUUAA